AUGAAUGUUCCUCAGCCCUCUCCCCUCUCUUAUGUCCCCUCAACUCCUGCCCCUCUUGUCCCCCCAUUUGUGCCCCCUGCCUCCUUUACUAGUGUCCCUUGGGUGACUGGAACGAGGGGCCGACAGAACAAGGCUGAGAUCAAUCCCCGAACCAAUGGAGACCGAGCAGCCUGCAAGACCCGAUCUCUCCGGUUUGUCUCCAAUGUGACAGAAUCAGACCGAAUCCUGCUUCGCUGGGAGCGCUAUGAACCCUUAGAAGCUCGAGACCUCCUCAGUUUCAUCGUUUACUACAAGGAAUCACCGUUCCAGAAUGCCACAGAGCACAUGGGACCAGAUGCUUGUGGUGCCCCCAACUGGAACCUGCUGGAUGUGGAACUGCCCCUGAGCAGAACCCAGGAACCAGGAGUGACCCUGGCCCCACUCAAGCCCUGGACCCAGUAUGCUGUCUUUGUGCGGGCUAUCACCCUGAGCAUGGCAGAGGACAGCCCCCAUCAGGGUGCCCAGAGCCCUAUCAUCUACCUCCGGACCCUGCCCGCAGCCCCGACAGUGCCCCUGGACGUCAUCUCUACGUCCAACUCUUCCUCCCACCUGCUGGUGCGCUGGAAGCCGCCCACGCAGCGCAAUGGCAAUCUCACCUACUAUCUGGUGCUGUGGCAGAGGCUGGCGGAGGACGCGGAUCUGUACCUCAAUGAUUACUGCCAGCGAGGCCUGCGACUGCCCACCAGCAGCACAGACACACGCUUCGACCAGGAGGAAGGGGAGCCCCUUGCCGAGGCUGAGCCGGGCUGCUGCCCCUGCCAGAGCCCAUCCCCGGAGCAGCCCCAGCAGCCAGCCCUGGAGGCGCACGAGGCCUCCUUCCAGAAGAAGUUUGAGAACUUCCUGCACAACGCAAUCACCCUUCCCAGAUCCCCCUGGAAGGUCACUUCUCUCAACAAGAGCCCCCAGAGGGACCCAGGGCGCUACCGUCGGGCUGCAAGGGCCCCUGGGGAGGGGGGAAAUACCUCAGACUUUGGGAUCCAGGACAAGGUGCCCCGAGAGCGAGCAGUGCUGAGUGGCCUUCGCCAUUUCACCGAGUACCGCAUCGACAUCCAUGCCUGCAACCAUGCAGCUCACACCGUGGGCUGCAGUGCUGCCACCUUCGUCUUUGCCCGAACUAUGCCCCAUCGUGAGGCAGACAGCAUCCCUGGGAAGGUGGCUUGGAAGCCAGCCAGUAAAAGCAGUGUCCUCUUGCACUGGCCUGAGCCCCCAGACCCUAACGGGCUCAUUCUCAAGUAUGAGAUCAAGUACAAGCGCCUAGGUGAGGAAGCCACAGUGUUGUGUGUGUCCCGCCUCCGUUAUGCCAAGUUUGGGGGAGUCCACCUGGCCUUGCUUCCCCCAGGCAACUACACAGCCCGAGUUCGAGCCACUUCACUAGCUGGAAAUGGCUCCUGGACUGAUGGCCUGGCAUUCUACAUCCCCGGCCCUGAGGAAGAGGGGUCAGGAGGACUACAUGUUCUCCUCACUGUCACCCCUGUGGGGCUCCUGUUGCUCAUUGUUCUUGCUGUCCUUGGCUUCUUCUACAGCAGGAAGAGGAACAGUGGUGGUUACCCCAAUGGGACCCUCUAUGCUUCUGUCAACCCCGAAUACUUCAGCACUUCAGACAUGUAUGUUCCAGAUGAAUGGGAAGUACCUCGAGAACAGAUUUCAGUCAUCCGGGAGCUGGGUCAGGGCUCCUUUGGGAUGGUGUACGAAGGGUUGGCACAGGGGCUUGAGGCCGGGGAAGCCCCCACUCCAGUGGCCCUAAAGACCGCAAACGAGCUGGCCAGUCUUCGGGAGCGCAUCGAAUUCCUCAAGGAGGCCUCUGUCAUGAAAGCCUUCAAAUGUCACCAUGUGGUGCGGCUUCUGGGUGUUGUGUCACAAGGACAACCAGUCCUAGUCAUCAUGGAACUCAUGACUCGAGGGGACCUCAAAAGCUAUCUCCGGUCCCUGAGGCCUGAAGCAGAGAACAACCCAGGUCUCCCUAGACCAGGGCUGGGUGACAUGAUCCAGAUGGCAGGCGAGAUCGCCGAUGGCAUGGCCUACCUCACUGCCAACAAGUUUGUGCACCGAGACCUGGCUGCCCGAAACUGCAUGGUGUCUCAAGACUUCACAGUCAAGAUUGGAGACUUUGGCAUGACUCGGGAUGUGUAUGAAACAGAUUACUACCGAAAGGGAGGAAAGGGGCUGCUACCUGUUCGUUGGAUGGCUCCCGAAUCCUUAAAGGAUGGGAUCUUCAGCACUCACUCUGACGUCUGGUCAUUUGGUGUAGUGUUAUGGGAGAUUGUAACACUGGCAGAACAGCCUUACCAAGGCCUAUCCAACGAGCAGGUGCUCAGGUUUGUCAUGGACAACGGCAUCCUGGAUGAGCCCGAGGGCUGCCCUCCCCAGCUACGGGAGCUGAUGAGUCGCUGCUGGCAACAGAACCCUCGCCAGCGCCCGACCUUCCUCCAGAUCCUGGACAGCAUCAAGGAUGAGCUGCGCCCAUCCUUCCAUCUCCUCUCUUUCUACUAUAGCCCUGAAAGCCGAGGGGGCCGGGGCUCCUUGGCACCCCCUGAUACAGAUCCCGACACCCACCCAUCCCCUGAGCCCCCUCCAGACUUCAGCCCUCCUAAUGGAAGCCUAGGACACUGAGAAGUUCCCUUUCCCCCCGAAGCAUGUGGGAUCCCUGAAUGCCGACGCUGACAUCCUGAGGCAUCUAGUGGAGGAAACCCAAGCUCCCUCGAUGUAACCAGUUCUGAUAUGGAUUCCAUGCCCUGACACCCACCCACAGCCCCACAGGUCCACAAGACGGCCCGAAGGGUGGGGGAGAUGGGAGAUGGGAUGGGCCAGGGAAUGAAAAGGGUUCUCUCCUGAAGGACCAGGGCCAGAUAAGGUGCCUCUGCCCUGAGACUCCAUGGGAAGCCAAGAAAAGGGAGUCAAUACAAUGGAAAGAUGAAGGUAGCCCUGGCAGUUGGUGGGGUGCAAGACCCUCACAAGCAUAGGGAAAGCUGCAUUUUCGCCCACCAGGCAUUCCAGUCUCGGAUGACAUAGCAAAUCUUUCCCAUACUGUGAUAUAGAUGCUAUGUGUGAGCAUUGUGAAAAUUAGAGAAGACACCCCACCCCAACACCAUUUUCUGAUACCUAAGCCAUUUUAAAGCACUUUGCAGAUGCCUGGAUUGGGAGUAGGAAUCAGAACCCUUCUUGGGCUCACCACCUUCCCCAGGAUGAUGCCUUUUGGAAGGCCUUUUCUCCCUGGCCUACCCAGCAAAGGAUAAGGAGCUUCCCUUUGGACAAUGGGGGAAAGAGAAGCACUGGAGUGGGCACUUGUUCCCAAAUGUCAUCCACAGUUUCAUCUCUCUUCCUCGCCCCUUCCCCACCCAUCUCCACAAAAAUGUGCAGGCCAUUUGUAGGGAGGCUUUAGGGUCCCCACUUAAUCUCUGCCUUUCUGUGGGAAGAUUUUCAAUAGACUUCCCUCCACUUUGGACUCAGCCAGUCACCUUACUCCACCCUCCCCACCCCAGGAUCCCUCAGCUUGGUGCUGCUCCCUCAUUCCCCCUGGGGACAUCCCUUGGUGCUGAUCUUCUUCCCCUCACUUUCAUUUUCGUCUUACUCCUUUUUGAAGUUUCUGCAACUAGGUUUAAUUCUUACAGUUCCUUCCUAACCCACUCCUCCUCAGACAUGGAGUCUGGAGGAGAUGCAAUAAAAUUCUUGUUUGU